AUGUUUCCGCACCCACGGAUGACCCCCAAGGUUUACUUGAGGCGAAAAGAAUAUUUCUUAAUAAUGUUGUCCAAGGCUAUUGCCGUCCUGGCGGCGGCGACGUUGACGUCGGCCGCUACGCCCAUGGGCUUUAUGCCCCAAUCAAACACUCCCCUAAUUGUUUCUUACGGAGGCAUCUCGGCACUGGAUGGCGUGAACCUGCCUAGAGAUUCUAGUCAGACGCAACCCACAAUUGCGACCGAGCAGCAGCUCAAGGGCCAGUAUGCAGUGAUAAUGGUGGAUAUCGACGUCCCGACCAACCAACCUCCCAAGACCGGAACUCUCCUCCACUGGAUGCAGACCGGUCUAAUGUCUGCCGAUACCCCGACGACGCUCAACACGACCGCCGGGCCCAAGAAGGUGUUCCUCAUGCAGAACAAGAUGAACGCAGCCGCUCUGGCGCCGUACAUUGGCCCCAACCCGCCCGCGAGAGAGCCUCUCAGCCAUAGAUACACCUUUGUCGCGGUCGACCACACGAUGAUUACGCAGCAAGGCCUGAUGGCCCUCUCCGGCGCGGCUCAGAGCCGUCGUGACUUCAACGUCAUGAACGGCCUCAUGGCGGCUGGUCUCUCAGACAAGGUUGUCGCCGGUAACUUCUUCCGCGUUACGAACGCCGGACCCGUUGGUGCUGGUCAAGGAACUGGUGGUGGAGGUAGCCGCGGUAACAGCACCGGUGGCGGAGGCGGUACCAUGCAGCCUAAGCCGAUGCCGAUGCCCGCCCCUGCGCCUCCUGCCGGAACCCCGACUACCCCCGGUGGCGGUGGAAUGCCCGGUAUGCCCAACAUGCCCGGCAUGAGCAUGGCUCCCGGUAUGACGAUGCCCAUGCCCGGUAUGCCGGGUGCUAGCGCGCCCCCUAUUGGUGGUGCUCAGCCGUCGAACCCUGCCCGCGCCAGUGGUCUCAGCCUCGCUCCUGGUCUCGGCCUCAUGACCAUGGGUCUCUGCCUCAUCGGUUCCCUGUUCGUCUUCAUGUAA